CUAAAUAUGAUCACAUCACUCAUUCUCGCUUCAGCAUUGGCUUUGGUUCCAACUCAAGUGUUGGCAGCAGAUAAUGGAUUGGCCAUUACACCUCAAAUGGGUUGGAAUACCUGGAACAAGUAUGGUUGCAAUAUUGAUGAACAACUAAUUCUGGAUGCUGCAAAGAGCAUUGUUUCUUCUGGGCUCAAGGACUAUGGUUACAACUAUGUUAUUAUUGAUGACUGUUGGCAAAAGAAUAAGCGUGAAAAGAAUAAGGAGCUUCUCCCCGACCCGACAAAGUUUCCUCGAGGUAUGAAAGCACUCGUGGACGAUAUUCAUGACAUGGGCCUCAAAGUUGGCAUUUAUUCUUCGGCUGGAACUCUUACAUGCGGUGGUCAUAUCGCUUCAUUGGGAUACGAAGAAACUGACGCCAAAACCUGGGCCAAGUGGGGUAUGGACUAUCUCAAAUACGACAAUUGCUACAAUCAAGGACAGAGCGGUACACCCAAGCUGUCUUACGACAGAUACAAGGCUAUGAGCGAUGCAUUGAACAAUACCGGUAGACCUAUUCUGUACUCACUCUGCAAUUGGGGAGAGGACGGUCCAUGGAAUUUUGCAUCCACAAUCGCUAAUAGCUGGAGAAUGAGUGGAGAUAUUUAUGAUAACUUCAAUAGAGCUGAUCCAGCAUGUCCUUGCGAAACUUACGACUGUCUACUACCUGGAUUUCGCUGCAGUGUCAUGAAUAUUAUCAACAAAGCUGUUGCUGUAGGCCAGAAGGCAAGAAGUGGUGGCUGGAACGAUUUGGACAUGCUGGAAGUUGGAAAUGGUGGCAUGUCGCAUGAAGAAUAUCGUUUACAUUACACUAUGUGGGCCGCGCUCAAGUCACCAUUGUUGUUAGGCAACGAUGUUACAAAUAUGACAUCGGAAACGAAGGAAAUUAUUAUGAACAAAGAAGUCAUUGCCGUCAACCAGGACUCUUCAUACUCUCCAGCCGUUCGAAUGUGGGUCAAAGGGGACCAGCAAAUGUUUUCUGGUAAUUUAGCGAACAACACGCAAGUAGUCAUCCUCCUUAAUGCUGGCGAUAAAGCAGCCAAGAUGACUGCCACUUGGGACGACAUCUGGUUUUAUUCUCAACCUCAUGUGGAUGCCUCUAAAUCCAUUGAAGUUCGUGACCUUUGGAAAAAACAAAGCCUGGGUAACUUUACGGAUCGUAUCAGUUUAGAUGUACCUGCACAUGGAGUUCGUAUGAUCAAGUUCAUGGACUCUGCUCAAAGCUCUUGAAUUCUACAACUUGUUUUCCCAUAACACCCAAUUCAAUGUAAUGAGAUAAAAGCUUAAUAAUUUGCU